AGUGAAUCAAGUUUGCGAUUCACUAUGAUGAUUCGAGUCAAUUGUGGUGGGUAAGUCUGCGCAGGCACUGCUGGCCCGCCACGGAUCAGAGAAUCAUGCAGACCGCGUAACCCACAAGUUGCUGCCCACCACCCUCGACGACCUCUAACCCGCUCCUUGACGCCGUCGACGUCAAUGAACCUAUAUGGCUCACAAAUCUGAGAUAACAGCGCCAUUGCCAAGUGCCUUGAACCAAAUCUCGUCGACGCUUACUGCAUCGGACAAGCUACUCUCAUCCGUGCUUCCCCUUCCAGAGAAUCCGUGUAUCGUCUAUGCUACGUACUCCCCGUCUGGAGCAGUGCCUCCCUAUGAAGUGCUAGAGUCUGCACGGAGACAGCUUGUUUCACGAAACCAGGCUUUCAGUUUUCAAGACUCGAUUCUUCCCCAUGUUCACAUCGAUCGGGAUGUGUCAACCUUUCAUGCAUUCAUCGUAGCCUCCAAUGAGCAAGUCGACAGCUCUAUGUCUGUUCUUAAACGGCUUAGACUCGAUGAUAUGAUAAUCUCAGAAACUUCUUCUUUCAACCCGCAUGGGCUCUAUCCAUGCAGUUUGGCUUGUGCAGAUAGUCAUACUCCAUGUGCAUCAUGUCUCGCACCCAUUGAUUUUUCAUGCAUCUCCACUGCCCGUCUCCUUCCACGGAAGCCACUUCGACAAAUCUACACUCGAUUUAUUGAUGCUGUCCGGACACGUCUCAUAGACGACGUUGUUACUGCAUCCUUGACUUCCGCUCUUCGCUUUCAUAAUGGCUUCCUCCUCGUACCCAAUGCUAUAUCUAACGAGUGGGGCGCAGACUGGGACCAUCAUGCGCAAUCACGGCCACUCGUCCACUGCCACAUCGAUCUUCAACUUGCCCCCAAUCGGCUUGAGGUUCACUCUCUCUUUCGGGCCUUCCCACACGUUCCUCUCCCUGCAAUCCUCCCCCUCCCACCUGGUACACCUCUCACCCUUCUUCCCACCGGUGCCCCUGCCUUUCUUCUCGCCAAUUACUCAGGGCCCACUGCCUCCCUUACCGCGCACUUCACUCGCUCACUCGCUCCGCAUCCCCUCCCGCAUUCCAAGGACCCCCAGUAUAUCAUUGCGUGGCUUGCAGUGCAGAACAAGCAGGGCGAGGACAAGGGCACACCCAUAAUCUGGCCCACAGCCCUGUGUCUAGUUUCCAAUUCGUCAUCACGCAAGCCACUGGCACAUAUUCCAGAGCUACCUGCGCAGCUUCAGCCUUCCCCACCUCCGCCUCCUCCGCCAUCAAUAAAUGUUGGGACUCCCCAUGUAGACUCGCCGAGCACGCCGCUAAGGGUAUUAACGAACCAUCCGCUUACGCGUCGCCCCGCCACAGUUUCUCCAUCUCCCCUCAGAGCUCUCCGCAGGUUAACCCUUUCCCAUACUACUAGCCUGCAGAACGUCGCAUCAGAGGUAGGCGGUUAUGUCGAAUCUGUUGUGCGUGAGCGAGACCGGGAACGGGAGCGCAUUCGUAGGGAGCGUGAAGCGAUGACAUCGGUAUCUGCGUCGCCGCAGGUGGUCACGCCAGCUGCAGCUAUAGUCUCUGCCAUUCCUACCCCAGCACCUGACCCAAAUCACCUACUGCAUCCAUCCCCUCCAGCACCCACUGAACACCCACAUAUCCAUCCAAGCGUCUAUUAUCCCUCUCCUGUAACUGCAAUUGAUCCCCCUGCUCCUCCCGGACCCCCUGCUGUGCCUGAACUCCCAACACCGUUGCCGCAGACGAACCUUGCGCCUGUUCCCACAUCAUUUGACCCGUUCAACACAAUGGAUGCCACCUGGUCGCAACCUGCAUCUGAUUUCAUGGACUAUGAUAUGGGUCCUGCUGCUCAACGUCGCCUCGACGUGGACUUCGCAGAUUACGAUACUUUCACGUUUACUGAUGAUGACUUCAGCUUCUUUGAUCGUCCCUCGCGCCCUUCGGAUGCUGCGCCAGCACCACUCGGGCUUUCGCCGAGUAUAUUUGGUGUCGCAGAUGUCAGCGUGUCUUUUACCCCGGCAACAGGCACUCAGCUCUCCCCAGACGUCCCGACGUUCACUCCAGCACCCGUACCUGCUCUUCCCUCUCCAUCUGCCUCGCACUCAGCGCCUUCCACACCUCAUGUGAAGGUUACGCACCCGCCCUCCCAGUUCACUCGCACCUUCGACCCUAUCGCCUUCGCUCCUUCGCACAGUCUUGCGGAUGCCAAGUACUCUUCUGCCGGAAAGUUUGCUCUUCCCAGCCCGCCUGAUGAAGAGGACCGCACUUCACCUUUGCCCGCCCUGUGUUCACAGAGCCAUAGCACAGCCUCCCCUGCUGAUCUUCGCGCGCGGUACAGCGCCGCAACAGACUGGCGCCUCGGCGUCGUACGUCAACUUAUCGGCGUCAAGCGCAAAUCUAAGUCGCUUGAUCAUGGAAGAGCACGCUACCGGCAGUUCCUCAUGUCCUCGUAUGAUGACAGCGUUUACGAGGAUAUAGUUCCUUCACUAGAGGACGACGAGAAGUCUGAGGCUGUUUCAGAAGAUGACGCAGAUAUGGACGACGAGCGUGAGCGCUCAACCACCCCACCCCCAUCAUACCUCCCUCUAGGCCCCAUGCUCCUCCACACACAGUUCCACCACGCACUCCUCCUUCCGCUUUGUCAACCUCUUCGCCCGCCAGGAUCGGCAGUUGCGCCUAUGAGCUUGGUGCUUCCCCCACCACCUGUGGCUGCCCCUACACCAGUCUCUCCUGCUGCAUCAUUGGAGAAGAUUAACCAGGAGCUGGCAGCGGCUGGUGCGGUGCUCGCGCGGGAGGUCGUUGAAAAUGCUGUCUGGGCUCGCGCCUGGGGUUGCCGGUGUGCCGCAGGGGAGGAACAGGUUUGGCCCAGCGAUAUUCAGGAACUAGGGGAUAUUCUCAAGCGUGUGGAUGUCCUUGAUGGGCCAGUAGAGUUACUGACGAUGUUCACACCCGACGGUAUACCCGCAGCGGAAAGUGUUCAUUUUCAGAGACUGGACCCUCCCAUGUUUUCGGUAGGCAAAUCAGGCUGUGUCGUGCAAGUAUUGCCGUCAGCAUUACGCUUCUGGGAGAAGCUGGGCCUCACGCCUCAUGGUGGCAAAAGAGAUGUUGUCGCUUUCGUAUUUCUCGAAGAAGGUGGCCUGGAAAAGCAGCGCCAGGCUGAGAUUUGGUUGAACAAGAUGUCUGCAGGAUACAGUGCCAAGCAGCUUGGUUCUUUCACUGCCGGGAUCAGCACAAUGUGCUCAGCAGAUGGAGUGAUGCCUUUGCGGUUGGAGAAUCUGAGGAAGUCCAUAAGGUCCUUUCUGCAAUGCUUGGAAUCAAACAAUGACCUUGUCUUCUACAUAGCCAUUCCUGACCCAGCGAUUGGGCUCACCUCACCCCUCCUGCGCGAAAUCUUUAGUUUUGUCAAGCAGACCCAGGCAAAGCGCUCUGAGGCUCCUAUCCUCUUUCAGUUUGUCCCCGAGCACCUGAUUUCCUCGUCAGAGAGCCCUUCAGGUGAAGACUCGGAGAUUGACGCCCUUUGUUACGCAACCUACCGACGCAUGCUCAAACCCGUCGAGCGCUCCAUGGCCAGGGGAUUCUCCGACAAGAGUGAAACAAUCGCAUAUUUGCAAGAGCAGCCGUUUGUUCUAGCCCGCCCCUCCAGCACUGUCCACUUUGCGCAAACAACCCCAGCUCGGUCGCUUGACGUCAUGGAUCGGCACACUCUCCUUCAUGUUGGGUACCGCUUUUCUACCUGUGGAAAAUGGCUAUUCGCUGCGUGUGUCGACCAGCGUGGGGAAACUUACGACCUUGGGACGUGGCUGAUACAGGACGAAAUAGAGACAUCGGCAGUGGUGCAAGUCUGGAAUUUUGCGUUGCAAUUCGCAAAGAGAGCCAAUGUUGAAUGGCGGAUCGUCAUUGCGAAACUAGGGCCUAUGACUGUUAGCGAAUUGGAAGGAUGGAACAUUCAUCUUUCCGCUGCGGCCCCGCUGUGCAAUGAUGUGCCACCUUUCCAUGUCAGCUUGCUUUCCGUGGAGCAGAAUUUAUGCUGGCCUAUCAUACCACACCUUGAUGAGACAGCAGGCCCAGCGUCAUCCAGACGGGCUCCUGCGAAGGAUUCCAAAUCUAUAUACGUGGACACCGCUGCCCCAGCCUACGUUAUAUAUCCUUCUACACGUAUUCCCCUUUCCUCGCUUUCUUGUCAGGACCAGGCAGAUUUACCAUUUAUCCCGGACAACGAUGGCACGACGACUUCUGAUACAUUAAGCAUCCUACCCAUAUCCACAUCCAUCCUCGUUCGAUCUCCAUCCACACGCUCGACUUCUACCCAAUCAUCCAUCUACAUACACCUUCUCCAUGCGCUACACACUCGAGGUUCUUCUUUCUCCAUUUCAGAUGAUAUCAUGCGCAAGGAUAUCACACUCAAUUUUUACGAAUUGUCUAUUCUUGCAGGGGCAAUGCUGGGCUUCCAAGAAUACCCUCUCCUGCCUUUCCAUCUGGCUGCACUCGAGGCUAUGCAUCAUUCCCUCAGACAGGAAGAUAUCAGUUGACGCUUUGCUUUACGGUCUCUCACGCCUCUUUUGUUUUUGUUUUUCAACAAGUAGAUCUGUCGCUGUCUUGCUUUUCUUUUGGUCACUACCCUACAGUUGUUGCAUGUACCGCACUAUUUUGUAUCCUUACUGCUAACAUCUUUCUUGCUCCUUGAUCAUGUUUAUUACUAUGAAGU